GCUGAGCCAUGGCACCCAGGAAAAACAAAGUUGCUAAAGAGGAGGUCCAGGUGACCCUCGGCCCGCAGCACUUGGUCGGCGAGACCGUGUUCGGAGUCGCUCACAUCUUCGCCUCCUUCAACGACACAUUCGUGCAUGUUACCGACUUAUCCGGUCGGGAAACCAUUGCCCGAGUUACUGGUGGCAUGAAGGUGAAGGCUGACCGUGAUGAAGCCUCUCCCUACGCCGCUAUGUUGGCCGCCCAGGAUGUUGCUGAGAAGUGCAAGACCCUCGGCAUUACUGCUCUGCACAUCAAGCUGCGAGCCACCGGAGGCAACAAGACCAAGACUCCUGGACCCGGAGCUCAGUCCGCCCUCCGUGCCCUCGCUCGUUCCAGUAUGAAGAUUGGCCGCAUUGAGGAUGUCACUCCCGUACCCUCCGACUCCACUCGUAGGAAGGGUGGUCGCCGAGGACGCAGGCUGUAAUCUGUUAGUUUAAGUUCACUGUGCACUUUCAAUACAAAGUUUACAGUAA